UGCCCGGCCGGAGGACCGGACCGGCGAGGACCUGGCCCUGUUCCCCCCCCCCUCUGGACCCGCGGGGGUGAUCCCGGUCCCCACCCUGUGACACCGAAAGCAGCAAGGCAGCUUGGGCCCAGCAACAUCAGCAGCCUGAUCCGGGGCACCCUACCUAAGAUGGCGGACGCCACGUGCGUCAAUAUCGGCAAGACUCACAUACCAUAUGCUGCACCCUGCACCAAGAUGGCGACACACCGUGCCACGACCAGCAAUGAAGACGCCGCACUACAUGCGGACAUCCGAUCAGCGACGGAGCACCUCUCAGCCCACAAACCGCUCCAGCACAUCGGAGAAGCGUGA